CCGCUAAUCACGGAGCAAGCGACUUUCAAUGGCUGGAAGGACUCAUGCUCUCUCGCAUCGUGUGCCUCAAAAUCACUCUGGACCGCUCAUCUUGGAACUGCACCCAGACCAUCGAUCCUCAGAAGUUGGUCCGCACACUUUCCUCGGUCCAAUAUGUCUCGCUCCCGUACUUCGGCGAUGCGAACAGGCUAGGAGAGCACAGGUGGUGGAAAGCCGUCGGAAGAGGCAUCGAGCGCACCGUAGCUCGUGUGCCAAACCGUCGAGGUGAUCGCGUGCUCGAGUACAUGCGCGAGCCGGCCUACGACCCCGCUACGAACUUAGACGACAUCCCAUGAAAACGACCAUGUCCAUAUCACGCCCCUCGUGUAUCGCUGAUUUUCCUCGUCUCUUCAUACCCAUCGUGUUCCCUCAUCUGCUACGUCAACGUCACUGUCACAUCGCCAACACCUCACUGGGUGAACCGUAUCGCGGACGACUUGCUGAGUCUGCCGAUGCCCACAUGUCAAAUUCGCCAAACCACAUCUGCCAGCCCUCGCGCCCGAUCGCAUCGCGUCCAUUUACACAUUUUGGCUUCUUGAUCGCCAGAGGCUUCGCCGCUCUCCAACAGUCUCCAACGAGGCCUCCUCGGACCAACCUCGGACGUUGCGACCCGACUUAUACCCGACUCAUCCGGAUCUCGAUCGCCUACUUACGCAUCAUCCACAGCCACUGUCACCAUCCGUUGCCUUGCCCGAGGCUUACGUCUCCUCUUGUACUCGUUCCCUCAUCACUACUCUCGACUCACAACUCAGUAUCUAUGCCCAUGGAAUCCAUAGAAAUCAUUGUCUCUCAUCGUGGUACACAACACCACCUCUCGCUGCUUCCGGACGACACCAUCGCGCUCCUACAGGCUCGUCUGGAAGAGCUCACGUCCGUACCCCCUUCCCUCCAAAAGCUGCUCUUCAAGGGCAAGAAAGCUAACCUGCAAGACUCUGACACACUCGUGCAUGCUGGGCUCAAAAAUGGCACGAAGGUCCAGAUGUUGGGUUCAACGACGGAGGAGCUCAGUCGCACACUCGCUGCUGACACCGAGUUUCAGCGGAAGGAGCGGAUAUUGCGGGAGAGGGCACUGAAAGCUCCCGUCAAGGCCCGUUCCACCUCCUCACCCUCUGCGUUGUCCCAGUAUACCUUCCACCACAUCGAACCUCUCGCACACCUACCUGAGCCCGCAUCCGCCCGUGCACUCCUGACACGCCUCGCGAACGACCCUGCGAUCCGGCAUGUGAUGCAGACGCACCACCUCGCCGUCGGCCUCCUCACUGAGCUCGCGCCGCAUGAGCAGCCGCACCUUCUCGGGCUGAACGUCAAUGCUGGCCAGGCAAUCAAGCUCAGGCUACGCACGGACCGGUAUGACGGUUUCCGGUUGUAUAGCGAGGUGCGGAAGGUGCUGUGUCACGAGUUGACGCACAAUGUCUGGAGUGACCACGAUAACAACUUCAAGGAGAUGAACUCCCGGCUGAACCGCGAAGUCGCAGAGUUCGAGCGCGCCGCGGCUGAGGGGACGCAUCAUCUCACGGGGUCGGGCGACGCAUAUCAGCCCACGUCGGAGCUUGAGGCGGAGGCGCAGACGUACAUCCUCGGUGGAGGGCAGCAGACGCUCGGUGUGUCUGUACCGAUUGUGGCCGACGAUGAGUCAAGGGAGGAACGGCGGCGGAGGCUAUUAGACGCGACCAUGAAACGCUUGCAGAAGGAGGAGGAGGAGCUAGAGGAGAGGUGUGGUACCGCUGCUUCAUCGUCUGUUUCCUUGUAGAUAUAGUCUUCUGUAGCCAUUAGUAUACCAGGUAUCAAUGCGAGGUUUGGACCGGACAAGGCACCGCAAAAAGUUGACGGGAACUAGGGGAACUCUAAGGUUAACGUUUGCUCUGAUACCGUGUCAGGCAACGGACAAACGUGAACCCCCCUAUGUGAAUCUCCUACGCUCAGUGGUUGGUUAGUCGUCUCACGAUGCUCGUCGGCGCCAACGGUGUUCGCAGCCAGAGUGAAG